AUGUCUGCUGCUGUUAUGAGCACUCCGAUAUACGAGUGCAGUGAACAUCUUUUUAAGAGCGGACAAAAGUCCAAGGAUCCAAUGAGCGUCCAAGCAGGAGCGGGUCCAAUUCCCCUGAGAAGAAGCUACACAUCUCUGGUGACUCUGUUCGAGCAGCACCGAAAGCUGGACCGAAGUGUAAGCGAGCCAACUUCAAGGUACAAGACUGAGCUUUGCCGGCCCUUCGAGGAGUCCGGUACCUGUAAGUACGGAGACAAAUGUCAAUUCGCCCACGGGUACAAUGAACUACGCAAUCUUACUCGUCAUCCCAAAUACAAAACGGAACUCUGUCGCACGUUUCAUACCAUCGGGUUCUGCCCUUACGGGCCUAGGUGCCACUUCAUCCACAACUUCGAGGAAGCCAGGAUUCACAAUGAAAAAGUAAACCAACAACUGGGUGGUGUCCAGCCAAACAUCAUGGGCCUGACACCCUUUCUGAAUGUCAGCGCAGCAGCUGCCAAUUUAAAUAUAUCAUUGCUGGAGCAGAUCGCCACUGCGCCUCAUCAAGCCAUAACGGCUAUCAAUAACAUCCAUUCUCCGUUAAUGAGAACCAAUUCAUUGAACAUUGGCACUCAGCACCACACGGCGUUCACCAACCCACCAUUGCUCAGAGCCAACUCGCUCAGUCUUAUGACUUACCAUCAUCACAAUCACCAGACAAAUUCAGUGGCUAUUGGUACUCGACCCAAGCCACUAAAUCUCAGCCCGACUUUUUCGCUUGGCAGCACUGCCGAGUCCGUGUCACCGUCUUCGAGUCUCAGCCAGUCACCGACAAACUCUAUGGCCAGCUUCUUCAGCGACGACUGCGCUGGCAAUCCUAAUAACAAUAAUGCUAAUCUCUCAACAACGGCAUUCAGCUUUGGUCAGGAUUUUGGACUACUUGCUGCUACUAGACAAAGUCCAAGUCCACCCGGUGUCAUUGUUAAUCACCACUCUGUCUCUGAUGAUCUCAUACCGAGAACUCCGUCACCAUUGUCACCGAACAACGAAUCCAGAUUACCCGUUUUCAAUAGAAUCAGCAGUACCAUCGGUGAUUUUGAAAACUUGAAAAUUUAA